CCCAGACGAACCAGACCCUAAACCUGUUACGUAAUAACCCCUCAGCGCCGCUAUCGCCGCCUAUCACCUUCUGUUUGCUAAGUAGCUAUCUGUACGGGAAAGUGGGUGUAAUGGACAGACACGGACACUAACCUGAGCGAAAUAACGCGCCUGGCAAUACAUUACCCCCCCCCCUCCCCUUUAAAACCGCAACCAUGUUUGGCCGGUCACGGAGCUGGGUUGGAGGACAGGGGAAAACCAAAAACAUCCACUCCCUGGACCAUUUGAAGUAUAUGUACCAUGUCCUGACUAAAAACACCACAGUGACGGACCACAACCGGAACCUUCUAGUGGAGACCAUCCGCUCCAUCACAGAGAUCCUCAUCUGGGGGGACCAGAAUGACAGCUCUGUGUUUGACUUUUUCCUGGAGAAGAACAUGUUUGCCUUCUUCCUGAACAUUCUGCGUCAGAAGUCGGGUCGCUAUGUUUGUGUCCAGCUCCUCCAGACCCUCAACAUACUGUUUGAGAACAUCAGCCAUGAGACUUCUCUGUAUUACCUGUUGUCCAACAACCACGUGAACUCCAUCAUCGUCCACAAGUUUGACUUCUCGGACGAGGAGAUCAUGGCCUACUAUAUCUCCUUCCUCAAGACCCUGUCUCUUAAACUCAACAACCACACCGUUCACUUUUUCUACAAUGAGCACACUAAUGACUUUGCCCUGUACACCGAGGCCAUUAAGUUUUUCAACCACCCUGAAAGCAUGGUCCGCAUCGCAGUCCGCACCAUCACACUCAACGUCUACAAAGUUUCAUUGGACAACCAGCACAUGCUGCACUACAUCCGAGAUAAGACAGCAGUCCCAUAUUUUAGCAACUUGGUCUGGUUUAUUGGCAGCCAUGUCAUUGAGCUGGACAAGUGCGUGCAGACAGAUGAAGAACAUAAGAACAGAGGAAAGUUGAGUGACCUGGUAGCGGAGCACCUUGAUCACCUCCACUACCUGAACGAUAUUCUCAUCAUCAACUGUGAAUUCCUCAAUGACGUUUUGACCGACCACCUCCUUAAUCGCCUGUUCCUGCCCCUCUAUGUCUACUCUUUGGUUAGCCCCGAGAUGUCUGAAGAUCGAAAGAUCAACCCUCAGGUGUCCCUCUACCUGCUGUCUCAAGUGUUCCUGAUCAUCCACUAUCAACCAAUGGUCAACGCCCUGGCUGACGUCAUUCUCAAUGGAGACCUAUCUGUCUUCACCCCUCAGACAGAUAUACACAGCACUCACAAGAACACGGCCAGUGCAGGAGGUGUGCGUCGGUUCACCAAGCCCCCAGAGUCUCUGGAGCGCUCUCUGGAGCUGUCCCGCCACCGCGGCCGCAAGAGAACUCAGAAGAGGCCAAACUACAAGAACCUGGGCGAGGAGGAAGAUGAUGAAAGGGCUGGGGGAGGAGGCAGCGGAGGAGGAGGAGAGGAGGGAUGGGACGACGACGGCAGAGGAGGAGAGAGGGAGGGAGGCCGAGAGAGGGAGAAGGGAAAAGGUACAGAGGGAGUAGGAGGGAGUUCUAAGGGAAGCAGAGCGAGUGGGGAGACGGCGGAAGAGAUAGAGAUGGUGGUAAUGGAGAAGUGUAAGGUGUCAGAGCUGACGGAGCAGAACAUCACUGAUGAAGAGAAAACUGCUGCAGCCACCCGCACACACACACAGAGGAGCAGACCGUUCUUAGACAUGGUGUACAGUGCUCUCGACUGCACCAACGAUGACUACCACGCCCUGUUUGUCCUCUGCCUGCUUUACGCUGUCUCACACAGCAAAGGUAUAAACCGAGAUCUUCUGGAGCGCCUGCAGUUGCCAGUUCCUGACCAGGAGAGGAGCUCCUACAGCCUGGUGCUGGUCGAGAGACUGAUCAGAGUUAUGAGCGUGGCGGCACAGCCAGAUGGUAAAGUGCGCCUAGCUACACUGGAGCUGAGCUGCCUCUUACUAAAGCAGUCUGUGCUGUCUGGAAACCACUGUAUAAUCAAAGACGUUCAUCUGGCCUGCCUGGAGGGUGCUAGAGAAGAAAGUCUCCAUUUAUUGCGGCGAUUCUACAAGGGUGAGGAGAUCUUUCUGGACAUGUUUGAAGAUGAAUACAGGAGCAUGACGAGUAAACCACUGAAUGUGGAGUAUCUAAUGAUGGAUGCCUCAGUACUGCUGCCACCCACCGGUACCCCUCUGACUGGCAUCGACUUUGUCAAGAGACUGCCCUGUGGGGAUGUGGAGAAGACACGCAGAGCGAUCCGUGUGUUCUUCAUGUUGCGGUCCUUAUCGCUUCAGCUACAGGGAGAACCUGAAACGCAGCUGCCUCUGACCAGACCUGAAGACCUCAUCAAGACAGACGACGUCUUAGACCUCAAUAACAGCGACCUUAUAGCCUGUAUGGUGGUUAGUAAAGAAGGCGGCCAGGCCCAGAGGUUCCUCGCUGUAGAUGUGUACCAGAUGAGUCUUGUCGAACCAGAAACUAAACGCCUUGGAUGGGGUGUAGUCAAGUUUGCUGGCCUUCUGCAAGACAUGCAGGUGUCUGGAGUUGAAGAUGACAGCAGAGCACUGAACAUAGUCAUCCAUAAGCCGAGUUCCAACCCCCACGCCAAGCCUCUGCCCAUCCUGCAGGCCAACUUCAUCUUCGCCGACCACAUCCGCUGCAUCAUCGCCAAGCAGAGGUUGGCUAAGGGUCGCAUCCAGGCCCGACGCAUGAAGAUGCAGAGGAUUGCGGCUCUGUUGGACCUACCUGUGCAGCCCAGCGCAACGGAGGUGCUGGGUUUCGGGCAGACUGCCAACGCUUCACCCAGCGGCCUGCCUUUCCGAUUCUACGAGCAGUCCAGACGGGCGCCCAACGACCCCACAGCAAACAGAUCGGUCUUCGGCUCCGUCGAUAAAGUACCAGGUUUCGCAGUGGCUCACUGUGUGUCGCAGCACAGUCCCUCGCCCCUCUCCUCCCCCUCGCCUCCCUCCAGUGGGAGUGGGAGCACAGGAAGAUGUGACUCUGUUACCGCAAGCACUAUAUCAGCUCAGAGCCCCACAGAUGAUGGUACGUUUUUGGAGCACACCCCGCCCUCCUCCUCAGGCGGAGAAGGGGAAGGUGGAGGUGGACAAGUAAUGCAAGUCUCCUCUACUCCCUCGGCUGCAGUCACGGCUCCCGCCCUGGCCCCGAGCCUCACCCCGGCGUCCCAGCCCACCAUCUCCCUCCUCACCGACAACAACGCAGACGCCCUCAGCGUGGAGUCACUGACGCUGCUGCCCCCCGCUGACUCACCGCACCUGCACCCCUGCACCAGCCACACUCCCGCGACACACUCCCUCCAGAGACCAGACGCCUCCAUCACGGAGGAGGAGGACGAAGAGAAAGAG